GAACAAACAUCCGAUGCUAAUCAAUCACAUAAUCGAAUUAUCGUAUUCAAUUAUUUUCAGUUCAGUUUGAAUCUCCCAAUGGGGCGUAAGAAGCGAAACCUUCCUCCGCACUCGAAACCACCACCGACGGAGGAUAGAGCCGCCGUGGACGGCGGAGCAUCAUCAAGUGUCAAUCUCAGCGACGAUCUCUCUCAAGAACAGAGCAAGAUUGAUCCACACUCUCCCGCAAACGCCCCAAUCAAACUUGAAUGCGUGCGCGCCAUCAAUGCUAUCGAGCGUGGAAACCACGCCAAAGCCCUACGGAUCUUGAAAGACCUGUGUCUUCGCCACGAGGACUCUCCUUUCGUUCACCGCGUUGAAGGCUAUGCACAUUGUCAACUAGCUUCUCUAAUCGAUGACAAUGUCACCAAGCUACGCCACUUGCAAAACGCUGUGGAUUCGGCUCGUCGAGCGGUUUCUUUAUCGCCAAACUCGUUAGAAUACGCUACUUUUUACGCGAAUUUACUCUACCGACUGUCCUGUGAUGACAAUAGCUACGAAGAAGCAGCGAGAGAGUGUGAGCGAGCGUUGUCGAUUGAGAAUCCGAUCGACCCUGGCAGAGAAAUGGUUGUAGCAGCGAGCCAAUUAAAUGUAUCCACCGUUGAAGAGCGAAUUGCGAAUACGAGGGAUUCAUUGCAGAUUCUUGUACAGAAAUGUAGGAUUGCUUCUUCAUCUUCGACUUUGACAGAGAAUCUUGAAACCAGGAGGCCAAAUGUAAUUCAAAAGGUAGUGAAAACGGUUGAGGAGCGGAGAAGGGAAAUCGAGGUUCAAGUGGCUACAGCGAAACUUAUGCAGCAAAAUUUAGAAUCCAUGCAAACGGGACUUGAUCUGAAUUCGGAGAAUACCAAACAUGAUGACCGAAGGAAGUACGCUUCCCUGAUGAAGAUGAUGCCAUCAUUGAAAAGAAUGGAUGAGUUUAAAUCAUAUUGGAACUCUAUGAGUGUCGAGAAAAAGCGGGGAUUGCUUGAACUCAGAAUUCGUGAUUUGAGAGACCAUUUUAGUUCAUUCAAGGAUGGUUUAGCGACAAAGGCUUUCUCGGAAGCUAUAGGCUUUGCUCAGAAGAACAAGACUUGGAAGUUCUCGUCUUGUUUCUUUUGUGGUGAGACGUUUAAAGACUCAGAAUUGCGAAUUGAGCAUAUUGAGCAGGAGCACGAGGGAGGCAUCUCAUCGAAGUUGAAACGAAUUAUGCCAGAAGAAGUUGAUGCUGAUUGGGCUGAAAUGCUUGUCAAUUGUACAUGGAAGCCAGUGGAUAUCCAUGGAGCUCUGAAAAUUAUUCAGAAAAAAUUAGAAAGCGUAUUGGCUAAUCUUCCUGAUGAUAAUGAAUACUGUCCGAAGGAGGAUGAAGAGCCAAACAAAGGGCAGGUUUGCAGUGGUAGUGAAAGUACCAGCCAUGAUUCUGAGGAGUAUUUGCAGCUUAUGGCCUGCCCGGAUGAUCAGAAGUGGCCAAUAUCUGAUGAUGUUGAGCGUGCAAAAAUUCUUGAAAGUAUUCAUUCCGAGUUCGAAAUGCUUCGUAGACACAAAUGUCUUUCUAAGAGUACUCUUAAACAGUUGAUAAAUGAAACCAUAGAAGAACUGAAGAAUUUUGUUCCAAUAUCGCAGAUUUGCAGUAAUGGCCUGGACAAAACACCUCUCUGUAUCUGUUUUAUGGAGGAGCCCUACUUAAAAAAGAUCCUUAGAUGCUUGCGGAUUGUGUCUGAUACUUGUGGCUUGAACAGGUCCCCUGACGAGGGUAGUUCCUUGAAUGAUGAACUUAAUGUCUAUGAGGGGAAAGAUUUGAAGGAAAUGAUUGUUUUUAAUGGUGACUCAUCGUGUCUCCUCCUGGAUGAGCGUUUACUGAGAGGGGAGCUAAUGCCAUGCAAUUACGAGGAUGCUGUUGCACAUGAUGGUUCAGCAAUAACUUGUACCAUUGGUCAUGAUGAAGUUGAUGUGCUACCAGAUAGUGAUGCUUUAAUGCAUUGGUUGUUUUCUGGUCGUUCAAUUGGAGAAGAAUUAGUAUUAUGGACAACUAUACAAGAUACUAUGAAGCAUCAAGGAAUGAAUGUUAUUCAGACAAUUGAGAAAGAAUUUGAUCUCUUAGAAAUGUGGCACAGCAGAAAAAGUGAAGUUUUGAGCUAUGAGGAAGCAUUACAGGCAAUGGAGAGCAUUUGUAUUGAGGAACUUGAGAAGAGGGAGCAAGUUCCAGAGCAUAUCCCACAAAGUUAUGUGUCCCUCUUAAGCAGGCGGCAAGAUGAACUUGUUGGGGAAGACAAUGAUGUUAUGUCCCGCAGCAGUAGAUUUGAGUUAGAUGCUAUAUCGAGCAUACUUAAGGAAGCUUUGACUGGCAUAAAUUCUCCGAGUAGUGACCAUGAGCAUCAAGAAGAUGCUUGCAUUAGAACUGCAAUCCAGGGACAAAUUGAUGAAUCAUCUAAAGAGGUAGCUAUGCUUGUUUGGGCACUCAACCCAUAGGCAAAUAGCCUUCAUUUUUUUUUUUAUCAGCAAAUGUUAGUUGUUAGUUGUUGGAUUAGCACUUAUGGGAGAAAAUCUCCCUAUUCUUGGCAAACCAACUAAGUACUUGC